CAAAAAACGAACCAUUACAACUUUUCGGCUACGUAUCAUUAACCUAGCUGCUGUCCGAAGAAUAAUGGAUGAAUCUACAAAACGCUUACUGCAGCGACUCAUGAGACGGAUACAAACUCAAAUGCUAAGAACAACGCUGGACAAGUGGGGCCGCCUGACUGGGGAACAGCUGCGGUCCAUGGAUUUUACUCUGUCGAAAUGGGCGUUAACGGAAAAACUACUCGCCAUUUGCGAGGAAAAUGAGUUGGCGGUUAAGCACAUCACAGAACUCGAGAUGAUAUAUGUCAUUGACAAUCCAAGCCAAGGGAUGUGGUACGCCUUCCAGCUCAUGGACCCUGAAGAUGAUGCUCACUCUGUAGAGCUGACUCAGUUCAAGGAACAAUUUAAAUCCCACCUCAGAGAGCUCAUAAGACAUGUGUCUGUCAAAAUAAAGAAGCACACAGAUGAAGCUGUAUGGAUCCGGAUUGCAUGGGGAGACACCUUCUCUCGGCCCAACCACAUGAAACCAACAUAUGUUGUUCACUAUCUUCAAACCCCGUAUGUCUUUGUGACCAGCCUGACUUCGAAGCAAAAACCCCUGUUAUCCCAGGCCUUGGUUCUGUCCACCAGAUAUCAAGCUAUCAAGGAUGCUAACCUCAGUGGACGGAAACUCACUGCCAUUAGAGAUCUGCUGAUGAGGCAAUAUCACCAGGUGUUUCCCACCAGGUAUCCCGCCCCGAUUGCAGAAAAUGAUCAAACUGUCUCAAACCAACACAUAGAAAGAGAACAAGCUGAGCCUGCAGCAAACAGACUUCAGGCAGCCUGUGAGGCCUUUGGUGGUGGAGUGUUACCUCAGCUACAGUCUGCAGUUUACAAGCUGGAGACAAAAUUCAGAGACCACAGCAACAAGACCAUGACAGAGCGGGAGGAGCCCUUCAAAUGUGUUGUCAAAUUUGCAAGCACCAACCUCCUGGAGUCACUCAGACACUGUGCAUCUUCAGGAAUUGCCUCCACCCCUGUCACACCUCUGCUCUCCUCUAUCCCUCUAAAAGGAAAGAAUUAUUUUGUUAUCACAGACAAUGGCCCUGGUCCCUCCUCACAAAUGCGUCAACCACAGAACUGAUGGGUGACAGCUUCUUGCUUUCAUAUAUUUACAGUGUGGCCUGCCAUGUCUAGUCCACCCAUGGUUUGCCUUUAACAUUAUAACAUAUAGGGCUGGCCAAUGUAUUGAUAUUAUAUCGACAUUUGACACUUGAUGUUGUUUUAAAUGUUUGAGAUCGUGAUAUGACAGUGUCAUCUUUUCCUGGUUUUAAAGGCUGCAUCACAGUAAAGUGAUGUUAUUUUCUGAAUUUACCAGACUGUAUUAGCUGUUCUAUUAUUUGCCUUGACCCACUUAGUCAUUUUAUCUGCAUUGCUGAUGAUUAUUUAUCAAAAGUCUCAUUGUGUAAAUUCUUUGUGAAGCACCAAUAAUCAACCCUACAAUGUUGUCGCAAUAUCAACAUAGAUGUAUUUGGUAAAAAAUAUAUUGUGAUAUUUGAUUCCCUCCAUAUCUCCCAGCUCUACUAUCAUUGAUCUAAUGUGUCUUUAUGUGCUUACAUUUUCAAAUAUGAGAGUAGUUGACAGUAAAUAACUAUGAUUUCAUAAUCUUUUGUUGGAAUUUAAAGGAGAAUACCGGUCAAUUUCAACACAUAGCUCUUUUAUUUGUAAAUUUGGAGUGCUGUCAGUAGAGAGAAAAAUGAAAACAGUCGGUGCUGCCUACACCGUGUUAUCCUCCUGCUAGCGUUAGAACCCAACAGGCUCAAACAUGGCAAGCUUUAAACAUGUUUUUAGCCUCUUAACAUGUUCAAAAUGUCAUUAAAAGUCCCUACCCAUGUGCAGUGAUUCAUUCAGAGUGAUCUCAGGGAAUCUGACUGCAGUAGAUGUGAAAGAAAUGUAAGAAAGUUGUGCUAAUUCAGCUGUGUUUAGUUCCUGUGUUGAGACUGCAGUUAGAGAUCUUAGGAACCAUCUACAAACUGAAAAGAACACUGAAAAGAGAUACAACAAAAAUAUGUAGGCAUGUAUCAAUUUAAUGAUUAAAUAAGGUAGAGUCUCCAAUUAUAACUUGUUGCCUGCUAGUUGUACUAUAGCACUUACUUUUAAAAAAUAAGCAUAUGCCUAUUUUUGAAAAUAUGUUUGUCUCUUUUCUGUGUUGUAGUUUGUAUACGGUCCCUAAGCACUCCUUAUAUCAACACAGGAACUAAACACAGCUGAAUUAACACAGCUUUCAUGCAUUUCUUUCAUAUCUACUGCAGUCA